ACAGUGUCCAUAAAACUUACUCGUUGUUUUCAACGCAUGGCUAACAUCUUCUAAGAUUAACAAAAUUGUUACUUAUAAAUUAUUCUCGGUGCCACCACUGUAUAAUCGAUCGAGUGUUAUAAGCGAAAUAAGCCAAACUUGUUUGAGUGAUAAUAGAGUAAAAUCUGUUUACCAUGAGCUAUAACCACAACAAAAUAUUUGAAAAUUUUCUUCAACCAAGAGACGUUGAAAAUAUCCUUGAAACAAUUGUAAAGAACAUCGAAUCAAAUAGCGAUUUAGAAAAUUUACUCGAAAAUUUACAAGCAUGUGUCUCUGUUUUGGAUUGUUCAAAAAAGAAUUGGCCAAUAUCUGAUAUUUAUAGUAAAAUUUUAAAAGUAUCACUUGAAGUUCUGAAACAAACCGAAAAUGCCGAAGUUAUAAAAAGUUCUACAAAAAUUGUUGGUUUAAUAUUUUCAAAGUUGACUGACAAUCAGAAAAAUGAAGUUAUUAAUAGUUUGAAGGAGUCUAUUAAACGCUAUACAGAAGAAAAUGAGAAAGGCUAUGAUGUUCACGAACAAGUUCCGUGCAAAAGUAAUAAAUGGUCUAUAAUAAAAGUUUUUCAUUUAUUAGGAGAAAUUCUUCGCGAGAAACAUACUCUAUUAGAAGAAGAUAAGGAUAGCUUGUUUAAGCUUUUAUUUCAAAUCGUUCUACUAGGUGAAGAAAAGCCUGGGAGUAAAGUUCUUUUUGAAUUUUUACCAAGUUUAGGUUAUGACUAUUCUAAACUAGUUUUCAUUUGGGAAAAUUGCGUUCAAUUCUGUAAAGAAGAUCUAGAAAAUAAGGUUUCCAAUAUAAAAAGUACGCCAAUCGAUAGAAUCUUGUCAGUGUUAUGCUCAAUUGCUGACUUUCUAUUACCAAUUGACGAUAGAAAGCCAUCUUUAAAUCUUCAAAACGAUCCUAACUUUUGGAAAAUUAUCUUAAAAGGAUUAAAUCAUGAAAGAAAUAUAUCCAGAAAGAAAAGUCUUUAUUUAUUAAAAAGAAUAACUGAUUCUCUAAAUCAGUAUGAUAUCGCCUGCAAUUGUUUUGACGAAGCAACAGGCACAAUAUUUUGGUGGAGUAAAGACAAGAUAUUCGAAGAAAUAUGGUACGAGUUUAUUUUAUUACUCGAAACUUUAGAAGAAACUCAAGUACACGUAAUAAAGCCUGUUAUGCCUAGAUUAGAAAAAAUUAAGGAAGCCACAACACAUAUAAUUUCAGAUAAACAUCUUAUUCAUACAAGUUGGUUAAUUUGUAUUUUCCAUCGGAUAUUCUGUCACGAUAGUUCGUUUAUACGUUUAUGGGGUUUACAAGAACUUUUAAAAUUGGAUAAGGAAAUAGUGCCAAUAAAAGAGCAAAAUCAGUUAUACAUGUUUGGUAAACCGUUAAUAAAUAUCUUACUGGAUCAAUCGAUGUUAAGAAAACCAAUUGAUAUUCCUCUUGGUAGAAUACCACCUGUUGUUGAAAGACUAAAAGAAUUUUUUCUAAGAUUAAAAAUGCUAUUAAACACAGCAACAUUUAAUCUAUUAAUAAGAAAAUUCUUAUUGUAUAUGACUGAUGAAAAUUGGGGUGGUGUAUCAUUAAUAUGUGUAUUUUGGUCGCUUUCAUCAUUAAAAGAUUGCUACUUUUGUAACGAUGAAGUUUUAAUAUCUUUAAGAAAAAUUCUAUUUUCAUCAUUUCAAACAUUUGAUCUAAGCGUCCGAGCGCCACUGCAACAAUUAGCUGCGAAAUUAUUAUUGAAUAAUAUUAACUUUGACCAAAUAAAACUUAGUAGUGUCAAUACAUUACUAUUGGCCUUCAACUUGAACGGUGGUUUAAAAAAUACGUCAGCUGUUUGGAGUGAAUUUGUCAAAUUCUUUCAACGUUUGGAUAAAUAUGGAAAAGAAGAUACAAUUAAUUUACAAUAUUUUAUUCAAUAUGUUGACAAUUUCCUUUCAAAUUUACUCUCGGAUUCAGAUGUGACAGAUAAUGAAAUUGAACUAAAUGCCAAAUUAUUAGUUGCUUUGUUAAAUGCUAAAGAGGAUAUUACUUUUAAAUAUUAUCCCGUAAGAUUGAUGAGUUUAUUGGAGAAAAGUAGUAGUCAUGUCUAUCUACCCACAAAAAUAACUGAUAAUACUAUACAAUUUAUCAUUGAGAUACUACAAACUUUUAAUUUUAAAGGAGAAGAGUCGUCUUGGUCAAUUGAUGGAAGGUUAAAGAGUUUCAUAAUAGUACAGUUUAUUAAAUGUAUACCGGAUAUUACUGGUUAUAUAUCAAGACGUAUGUUUGAUGAAAAUAGUGUUGAUGAAAAAUUUAUAGAAUUAUGCUAUCGACUGAUGAAAUUUUUAAGACGAAUUGUGGUUUUACAAUCAUCUAAGAAUACUAGUUUUGAUUUGGGUAUUGCUAUAAAGUCUAUUGAGAAUUUUCAAAGAUCUAUCCUAAGAUGUCUUAAAGAAAAUUCAAAGAAGCUAAUGCAAAGGCAUUUUUGUAUAACAAUUCUCUCUUCGUUAUUUGAUCCGUCUCUAAAUGCUAAAGAGAUUAUAUCUCUUUUAAAAUCGGUUAUUGAUUUUAAUACUGAUUUUGUUAAAUCUCAAUCAACUUCAGGAAAAAUAAUUGAAUACUAUAUCGAAAAUGAAUUAAGAAUAUGUAGGAAAAUAUUACCAUAUCAAGAAAAUGCAAACAUUGAAUCUAUAAUUAAUUUUGCUUGUGAUUAUCUCGAUAUGGUUAAGGGUGAGGGAACAAUUCAAGCAUAUAAGCUUAUUAAUAUUUGCUUGAAAGCAAGUGUAAAUGAUAAUGAUCAAAUAAUACUAAAUUGUUGGCAUAAGCUACAAGAAUGUGUUAAAUUAUCCAAUUAUUGGAAAAUUUAUAAUAAUUUUAUUCGCUGUGUGGUCAAUAGUAAAAAUGGACUAAAUAUCAUGAUGUCUGAAAUUUUACUUCUCAGUGAAGACAGAGCUGGUUAUAUUUGCCUACCUGUACAAGAAAUUUGUAAUAAAUGCAUAAAUAAUUUUUCUAGUAUACUAGAUUAUAAAGAAUUUAUAAUAGAAGCUUCAAUAUAUGGCUUUAUGCAACAAAAAGGUGUUAGAUUUAAACAAGAGGUACUUGCAUUUUUAAACACUUGUGAUGAUAUAGAGACCUGUAAUAAGAGGGAUUAUUCUGAUGUUUCUGCCAGAGUUAGCUUAGUAACACUUAUUAAUUCUCAACCUAUGUCAAAUCAAGAUAUAGUUAUGGAACUUCUUUUGUGCUUAAUGGAGAAGCAAAGACAGCUUCUUGAGCAAACACAGCAUAAGCAUUUUCCCAAUUGUCUACUUCAUAGACAAAAACAAAGGGCUACUUCCUUAAUGCUUGUAAUGAUACCGUUUGUCAGUGAGCAAAUGGCUAAGAAUUACUUGCUUCCUUUCUUUGAGGAAGUUCUAACUAAAGAAAAUCAAGCGUCAGUAAGGAUAUUAACAGAAUUAGCUUUUUCCAAAAUUCUACAGCAAUUUCCCUCUUUAAUACCGGAUGUUAUUGAGGAUAUGAAAGAUGGAUUUGAUAACAAGAAAGUCUAUCAUCUUUGUUCCCUUUUAGGAGUUAUGGUACACGUCUGUAGGAACAGUAAAGAUGUAACUUUACAAAAUUCAAUAAGUACAAAUAUGCUUGAUAUGGUGCUACCUUGGUGUAUGUCCAACCAUUUCAACCUUAGAUCAUUCUGUCUCGCAUCUCUACAUACAAUUUCUGAAUUUUGUUGUAAAAAUAAUUUUAAAGUUCCUAGUGCCGUUAAAACUAUUAUCAACUUUUCCGGAAGUAGUCAGUAUGCCAAUAGAGCCACUGAAAAACUACUAGCAAAUUUUUAUUUUUCAAUUAAUACUGAAGUUGAUUACAAUUUAGAGGCCAUUUACUACACACUGCCAAAAUUAAGUCAAGUAGCCGAUGAUGAAUGGGUAACUGGAGGAGUUUUUGAGAAGAUGAAAAACAAUUCACAAUGGACGAAUUUUCGGGAUAACAUUCCUAUUUAUUCAACAGACGACACACUGAAGAAGUGUAAGCCGGGGUCUUGGAAAGUGGCAUUCGACCAAUUCGAGUCAGCAGAGGAAAUUAAGGAGGGAAAUGUUCAAAAGAAAAUAAUACCUUGGCGCCUAAUGACACCUCAGGAUAAUGACGAAGAAGAUGUGAGAAAAAUACCUAUUCACGAUAGCAGAGGGCUUAUACUGGUGACAUCCUUAAUAAAUAAAUUACCAAAUUUAGGCGGUCUAUGUAGAACUAGUGAAAUAUUCUCCGUAAAAGAAAUGGUAGUUAAUAGUUUAAGAGUUAUGAAUGAGAAAGCUUUUGAAAGUCUUAGUGUAAGCUCUCACAAGUGGUUACGUAAAGUUAGAGAGGUGCCGGAAUUUCAAUUGAAAGAUUAUCUCAUCUAUAUGAAAAGUAAAGAUUAUUCCAUAAUUGGAGCCGAACAGACAGCAAACAGCGUUCCUCUUUCAAAUUUUCGCUUUCAGGAAAAAACUAUCCUGGUUUUAGGAAGCGAAAAAGAAGGUAUUCCGGUAGAAAUUAUCCAAUUAUUAGACGAAUGCGUUGAAGUCCCUCAACUUGGAGUAAUUAGAUCCUUAAAUGUUCAUGUAACCGGAUCGUUAUUCCUUUACGAAUAUGCGAAACAAUGGCUAAUUAAAUAAUAUUAGGAAAAAAUAUAGGUUAUUGACAAAUUUUAUUUGCUAUUUGUUGUUACUGUUUAAAAUGAAUGAACUCUAUAUAAAAUGAUAAAGAAUUAUAAAAGUCUAUAUACUAGUUAUAUGCAGUUUGGGUUAUUAAAAAGUUAAGCAUAUAAAAACAAGUAUUAAGUAAUUAAACAAGUACAAUACUACUUAUGUUUUAUCUUUCGUUCUUAU